AUGCCCUCACUCAGCUCCAUCCUCGAUGGACCAUUCGAUGCGAUCCUAAGUGAUUACCUCAAGACUGCAGCCGUACCCGGAAUGUCCCUCGUCGUCCUUCAGCGUGGUCCCAAUGUCAAUUCCCCCGAGACCGCAUUCAGGUCGUAUGGGAUCGCGUACCAUGACCAGCCGGUCACUCCCGAGAUCCGCUUCCCCCUGUGCUCGCUCACCAAACACAUCAUGGCUCUGGCGUUGCUCCGCCUCCUAUAUGAGCACGGAAUGAGCCAGGAUACCCCGGUCCGAGACGUCCUCCCUGAAUUCCGGCUCUUGAAUGAGGCGGAUGGCAAGGCCAUCGUCACCUUUGCUCACAUCUUGAGCCACACGAGCGGACAGGGAGACAGUGACGGCAGAUGGAGUAUGAUGAAGGCUACUGAUGUGUCCUUGUAUGACUACCUUGCAGCCCAACCUUGCAAGAGCGCUCCAGGCACCAGGUUCAGCUAUAGCAAUAUCAUGUAUGAUCUCACCGUUCCCGCCAUCGAAGCCCUUUCCGGGGAGUCGGUGAUGGCACACCUCGCUAAGGUCUUUUUCCAGCUUUUGGGGAUGGACAAGACCACAUUCGAGGGGGAGGGCGGGGACGGCGCCGCUGAGGGUCACUACCGAGGCGAAGGAUCCGAUAUCGACGGCGACGAAGACCAACUUCCCGCCCCGAACCCGCAUCGUCUGGCACACCUCGGCUCAGGAAGGCUCAUCAGCUGCGCGAAGGACAUGGCAAAGUGGCUCGCGUACCUCCCUACCGAUCCAUUCUACCACCUUAUCAUCUCGCCCCGCAGCUCUGUUCCCGGUGGCAACCCUGAUCGGCCCGGAAAUACCAUCAUCGACGCGGGCGAGCAGUACGGAUUCGGUCUAUACACGGGGUCGUGUCAAGGCGUGCCCUUCAUCGAGCAGUGGGGAGCCAUGGGAGGCUUUGCUGGAGUCCUCACCAUCCUCCCCUCGCUGGACUUGUCGUUCGUGUGUUUGAGCAAUAGCUGGGACGGGCUAGAAGUGGGAGCUCUGGUAUCUCGUUUGCUAGUGAACAAGGUGAUGGGAACCGACCCAGCUCCGUGCGUCAAAUUGGUGACGCAAGAACGGCGACAACGCAUGCGGAGCGAGAUGGCAGACUUUGCGCCAGUCACAGGUCUGGAGCCGGCCGAGUCAACACGACUUUUAGGGACCUAUAUCACUCCCGGCGUCGGCGAGAUUCACUUCGACGAAUCGUCAAACGUCGCAAUCCGCCCUCAAUGCACCAACUUCCCUUGGCCACCCUGGAACCACGGCGAUAUCAAGCCGGUCGCUACGUAUUUGGGUGAUGGGCAGUAUGCGGCGUGUAUGGAGUACAAGCAGUGGCGGAGGGACGGGGACGACUCUCCGGUAGAGGUCAGGUAUUGCUCACCCUUCCGGCUGGAGAAGCAGGCGGGGAGUAGGGCAUUGUCUGCCUCUGAUUGUUAUUUCUUUCCUAGUGCUUGCACUUUGCGACCGAAGGGAGCUCAGGUAGGCUAG